AUGACUCCAAAAGAGCUAUUUGAUCAAAAUCAUUCAAAUGUAUGCGAAGAAGCAGAGAAAUCAAUCAAAGAUUUAGGAAAUCCAGCUCUCAUUCUAUCAACACUUCUAUGCACAAUCAACUUCGCCGCGGUUUUCACAAUCCCAGGAGGCUUUGAUGAAAAAUCUGGAAUACCUAUUCUCUUAUCAAAACCACAAUAUUCAGAGUUAUGGAUGUUGAUGUUUUUCAUAGGUGCAGCACUUUAUGAUUCAGUCUUCACAAUGGGAACUGUGAUAUCAGUACUACUCUCAAAAUUUGAAUCUGAUGAUUUCUACAUUGCUUUGCCAAUCAAGUAUUGUACAAUCAUUAUUUCUGUUUAUUAUUCAACAGCAUUCACAGUUUUAGGUUGUGUACAAGCUCUUAAUGUUCAGAAUAUAUUCAUGGACAAAGAUGUGUGGUGCCGGAGGGAGUUGGCUUGCACUAUACUUUAA